CUCCCAGACAACCGUGUUGUCGCCAGGGCCACGCCUUCCCUCCCACAGCGCGCGCUGCGCGUGCGGAGGCCUGGCAGCUCUUGGGACUUGCGGGGCUGCGCGCGGGAUAAGGGUGGGGGUACGGGAAGGCUCAACUCAGGGCCUGCGUACCUUGCUUUGGGGGCGCACUGAGCACCUGCCGGGAGCAGGGGGCGCACCGGGAACCCGCAGGUUUCGCCAGUUGGGCUCACUGGGGAUCUGCAGACUGCGCCCGGGGGAUGGGCUAGGGGGACACGCGCAGGCUUUGGGCUUUACAGAAUGUGAUCGCGCGAGGGGGAGGGCGAAGCGUGGCGGGAGGGCGAGGCAAAGAAGGAGGGCGUGAGAAAGGAGGUGGCGGCGGCGCGGAGGGGGGUUAUCUAUACAUUUAAAAACGAGCCGCCUGCGCCGCGCCUGCGGAGACCGGGGAGAGUCCGGCCGCACGCGCGGGACACGAGCGUCCCACGCUCCCUGGCGCGUACGGCCCGCCACCACUAGGCCUCCUGUCCCCGGGCUCCAGACGACCUAGGACACGUGCCCUGGGGAGUCUCCUGGCGGCGCCGUGCCAGAAGCCGCUUGGGGCCCCACCGUUUUCCCCUUCGCCUCUGGCUUUUCUGCCUGCACGUUCCUGCGGCGCGCCGGGACCGGGAGCGGGCGGGUGGAUGCAGGCGCAAUGGACGGCGGCGCACUGCCCAGGUCCGCGCCCCCUGCGCCCCGCGUCCCUGUCAGCUGCGCUGCCCGGCGGAGACCCGCGUCCCCGGAACUGUUGCGCUGCAGCCGGCGGCGGCGACCGGCCACCGCAGAGACCGGGGGCAGCGCAGCGGCCGUAGCGCGGCGCAAUGAGCGCGAGCGCAACCGCGUGAAGCUGGUGAACUUGGGCUUCCAGGCGCUGCGGCAGCACGUGCCGCACGGCGGCGCCAGCAAGAAGCUGAGCAAGGUGGAGACGCUGCGCUCGGCCGUGGAGUACAUCCGCGCGCUGCAGCGCCUGCUGGCCGAGCACGACGCCGUGCGCAACGCGCUGGCGGGAGGGCUGCGGCCGCUGGCUGUGCGGCCGUCUGCGCCCCGCGGGCAGCCUGGGACCACCGCGGUCGCCGCCUCGCCCUCCCGCGCUUCUUCGUCCCCGGGCCGCGGGGGCAGCUCGGAGCCCGGCUCCCCGCGUUCCGCCUACUCGUCGGACGACAGCGGCUGCGAGGGCGCGCUGAGUCCCGCGGAGCGCGAGCUGCUCGACUUCUCCAGCUGGUUAGGGGGCUACUGAGCGCCCUCGACCUAUGAGCCUCAGCCCCGGAAGCCGAGCGAGCGGCCGGCGCGCUCAUCGCCGGGGAGCCCGCCAGGUGGACCGGUCCGCGCUCCGCCCCCAGCGAGCCGGGGACCCCGCCCCCACGCCACCACCGUCGACGCAGCCUCGACCGUCCGGCCCAGCCUGACCAAUGCCCGGUGGAAACAGGCCUCGAGCUGGCCCUGCAAGGGCUGGCGGCUUCCUCCGAUGCCGCCCCACCCCACACUUCUCGACUGCAGUGGGGCGGGGGGCACCAACACUUGCAGAUUUUUCCGGAGGGGAGAGGAUUUUCUAAGGGCACAGAGAAUCUAUUUUCUACACAUUAACUUGAGCUGCUGGAGGGACACUGCUGGCAAACUGAGACCUAUUUUUGUACAAAGAACCCUUGACUUGGGGCACAAUAAAGAUGACCUGGACCCCCGCCCCCACUAUCUGGAGUUUUCCAUGCAGGCCAAGAUUUGGACACGAGUGGUCCCUGAGGGGCGGGGUCCCUGGCGUGAGGCUCCCGUGACAGCUAGGGAGAAGCCUGUGUGGGGCACACCUCUUUAAGGGAGCGUGAACUUUAUAAAUAAAUCAAUUCUGUUUA